UUUACCAGUCUGUUUGGCCUGCUGUAAGAAUGUGAAUGGAGAUUAUUCCUGCUCGACUUGUGGCUGGCCGAUGUGCUCAAAGGAUUGCGAAGAAAACCGAAUUCAUGCAGAUCAAGAAUGUCGUCUUUUCAAGGAGAGAAGUGUAAAGGUUGACAGUAUUGAGUUUAAUUAUGAUAAAGAGGAACCCUUGUAUUCGGUUAUAUCUCCAUUACGAGCCCUUGCACUUAAACAGAUUGACACAAAAAGGUGGGAAAUGAUUUGGAGUUUAAUGUCGCAUAAUGGAACAAGAAGAGGAGAGAAAUACUGGACUGAGAAGCAUAAACAAAUAAUCAACUUGAUCAGGGUUCGGUUUGGUUUGGUUGAAUUCUCCGAGGAGUUAAUAGAUACAGUUCUCGGCAUAUUUCUAGUCAAUGAUUUCGAGAUAACUCAGAAAGCUGACACUGAGUUUUCAACAGUUCAAAGAUCAAGUAUUAGAGGUUUGUUUAGUAUUGCUAGUAUACCUAACCAUAGCUGUAUUUUAGGUUUGUUUAGUAUUGCUAGUAUACCUAACCAUAGCUGUAUUUUAGGUUUGUUUAGUAUUGCUAGUAUACCUAACCAUAGCUGUAUUUUAGGUUUGUUUAGUAUUGCUAGUAUACCUAACCAUAGCUGUAUUUUAGGUUUGUUUAGUAUUGCUAGUAUACCUAACCAUAGCUGUAUUUUAGGUUUGUUUAGUAUUGCUAGUAUACCUAACCAUAGCUGUAUUUUANCACUUUGA